GCUCCACGUUCGAUGACGACUGCUGUUAGUCCAAGUUGAAAACCGCGCAACGAUCAUUCGUUUUCGUCAGUCGUCGUUCGCUGUGCAAGCUCAAUCAUAAGAGCUGUCUAUAUACAUAUAUACCUAUAAAUGUAAUAUCGUGAGUUAUCGUUUACCAACAGCGCUGUUCUACUAACUUUUGACGUGUUUGACAAAUGUGCAGGUUGUACAUUGCAUAAGCGUGAUUGUCUGUAACCCGAAGCGUUGCAAUGGAGGAUGAGAACAGAAAUGACCGCAAGACGGACGAGGCAAAGCAAUCGGAUGCUAACUCAUCGGCAAAGGAAGUCUCGGGAAGGUCACAUCUAUUGAGACAAACACUGACGGCGAUCGGUCCGAUAAUGUCUACGAUAUCGGUCGGCGCGACCUUCGGUUACAGCGCGGUGCUUCUGCCGCAGCUGAAGCCUGACUCAGCAGCAGCAGCGGGGGGCUUCGGCCGAGAUCUAAACGCGAGCAGCGUGUUCUGGCUGGAAAACAAGCUGAACGAUUACGACAGGGAUCAUCGAAUAACGACGAGCAGCCUCGAUGAUGAAUCUUGGAUCGCGGCCUCCGCGGCCCUUCUGAUGGCCCCGGGUUGCUGGCUCUCGGGUAUCCUGAUGGAGCGCCUGGGCAGACGCGUGUCUCAGAUCCUGGUGAGUCCCGCGUACCUGAUCGCCUGGGCGACGGUCGGUUUUGCCCCUAAUUUCACGGCCCUGAUAGUCGGUCGUUUAUUGUCGGGCCUCUGCGUCGGCCUCCAGGGUCCGCUGGGUCCGGUUUACGUGGCCGAGACGAGCGAGCCGCGCAUGCGCGGGAUCCUGCUGGCCGGUAUAAGCCUGGCCAUUGCCGUGGGGAUAUUGAUCUCCCACGUCCUCGGGACCUGGUUCUCCUGGCGGGUCGCCGCCCACCUUUGCGCCGGGUUCCCUGUCCUGUCUCUCCUCGCCUGCGUCUUCGCCCCGGAGAGCCCAUCCUGGCUCGUGAAGAAGAAGCGGAUUUCUGAUGCGACGAACGCCUGGCUUUACCUCCGGGGUAAGAACGCGGCAGCGGAAUUUCGAGCGUUGGAAUAUCGCUCGUCGGAAACCCCCGAAAACUCGACGACCGGCGGUGCAGUCUGGAACUCCCGGACGUUUCUCGCGCCCCUAGCGAUCCUCAACGUAUUUUUCUUCGUUCAACAAUUCUCGGGCGUAAACGCGGUUGCCUUCUACUGCGUACAAUUGAUCGCCGACGUUUCCGAGCCCGCGGAUAAUCGCAACGCACAUUACGCCACCUUGGUUCUCGACGUCGUUCGCGUCGUCGCCAGCUUCUUUGCCUGCUGGUUGACCCGCCGAUGCGGUCGGCGAGGCCUCGCCCUCGUUUCCGGCGCCGGAACGGCGUCGAGUCUCUUCGUGCUCGGCGGAGGGCUGCUCUUCGGCCUGGGAACGCCGUGGCUUCCGGGCUCGAUGCUCGUCGUUUUCGUCUUCCUGGUCAGCGUCGGUCUGGUGCCACUGCCCUGGCUUUUAUGCGGCGAGAUAUUCCCCGUCGCGGCACGCGGCCUCGGAUCCGGUCUCAGUUCGGGCUUCGCGUUCGUUUGCUUUUUCAUCGUCGUCAAGACCGGACCUGCGAUGACCGCGACCCUGAGUAAUCCGGGGACUUUUCUACUUUACGGAUCUCUGACCGCGGCUGGUACGGUAUUCUUGUACUUCUUCUUACCCGAGACAAAGGACAAAACUCUCCAAGAUAUAGAGGAUCACUUUUUACGGAAUAGAAACGCUCCCGCCGCCGCCGUGGUCGCAACCUCGAAUACAAUUCAUACAGUCGGUGAUGACAGUAUGAAGGAAAGUCACCCGUAGUAAAGUAACUUAUACAUUAACUAUAUUGUUUAAUGUGUAUUGUAUAUGUAUAUAUAUGUAUAUAUAUAAGAUAAUAAGCUGCAGGGAGCAGAAAGUACAAAAAUUCUUUCAGCGAGUAUGAUUAUCUCAAUUCCUCAUAGUUGUAAUGUUUUUUUUUUUCGCCACUGUCGAUUACACCUACGUUUUUAUAUAAAUGACGUGAAACAAUGUGUAACGAUUCAAUACGUAUUAUGUAAAGUAUAGCUAUGCGUACAUGCUUAUCAUGCUGCUGUCCUGCGUGCAUAAACAUCGUGUGAAUAAGCUGAACGGAUGCAUUAUGAAUAUAUAAUGUCCUGCAUUUAAUACCGAAGAGAAAAACCAAGCCCGUGGCGGAAUCAGCUUUUUGAAAUACAUAUAUGUAACAGGAAAACGGCAUCUUAUAUAUCUCUAACCGGUAGAUGUAUGAUAAUAUAAUUAAUCGUCGCCAAUGAAGAGAAGGCGGACGUCGUUAAACCCCUUAAAGAAUAUGUGAUUAGAAGCCGAAUGCUGCUGCGAUGCGGGGGGGAUAUCCAUACAAGGACACACGUAUACGGGCAUACGCAUGCACACUGCGUAUAAUACAGGCGAAGGGGCGUGGUACGUGGGUAAAACGCUAGCGGUAGCGGGGGGUUUCCCCCACCACCGGAAGUCGCCUAUAUACACUGGACCUAUUCUAGGUUCUAGAUUAUUAACCGAGUAACGAACGAUUAUUUCUGUUCCUUAUACGCAUUAUAGAUGGGUGUGUUUUGUGGCGAGUUGACGUUUUUGCCAACACAUCGAUUAUAGGAUCAUAAUGCACCUAUUGUUAUAGUGACAAUUAUGCCACAGGAAAAUAUGACUGUUUAGCGAUCACCUGAUUCGACAAGGACGAGGACGCAAAUACGUGACAAUGUUUUCUUUCACCCUGUCGUUACAAGUUGUAAAUGUAGGUAUAAUGUGACCAUCUGUGAUCCCCAUGUGUGAUACGGAGUGCAUAACACUGGUCGACAAAAAAUAAAAUAUAUUUUUCGGUUUGUAUUUAAAUGUAUAAUUUUUGAUUCUAUACAUUGACUAAUAAACAAAAUCUUCAUUUAUUACUUAUAAAAUUUGUUUUUGUCUUUUUUACGUUGAUAAAUAAAACUGUUGAUGUUUUUGGUUGAUAAUAUAAACAGUGGGUAGCAGCACGGUGAAAUAAAAAACAAAAUUUAUUUGAUAAAACGAUUUUUCUGUUAUUAAUUACGUGGAAGAAAUCAAAAUUUGACUUCUAGAACCCAGACUCAAAAUUCGCGUUGACCGGUGUUAUGUCUUCGGGAUAUCGACGACGUCAGAAGCACAGUGUUAUAUACCUAUAUAUAAGGUAUAACGACACAUAAACGAUGUCUACUACCUAUCUAGUAUAUUGAUUAUCCUAAAUUGACCCCCAGAACGAAGAUAUGCGUUUCUCCCCUUUCGUGCAAGCUCUUUGCCGCCGACGGCAGAAGCAGCGACAUUUCUCCCGAAUCGUCCCAGUGAUCUUUUAAGAUAUUAUAUACAAUUAAUGCAAUUGCAUGGAAAUUUUUAAAGAAACUGAAGCAAAACAAAUAUAUGAUCAAAAAAAUUACAGUGAGAUGUAUUCGCCCCAAUACGAAGCCGAUGAACGAUAUUACUUGACGCUAGGCAUCCAUUAUAUGGCUCAGCCUGCACAUAUCAGGUGUGUUGUAUGCUCACGCGGAACGAUAGAUUUACUUGAAAACCCCUCGCUUCAUCGAUUGAAAGUCGUUUCUGCCUAUAGCAAACAUUUUAGAGAGCUUUGCGAUACCCGUUUCACUGCAGCUGACCGCUGGAAUUGCAUGGGAUCUAUCAUGUAUGAAAAUCAAGAUCGUCAAUUCCGAAGACAGAAACUAGUCGUGAGAGUAAUUAUUUCAUACAACUAUAAUUCUCGGUAAGAAAUAAGCAACAGUUGAAGAGAUUUCACGGCAUCUUUCGUCGUAUCGGUGAAUAAAUCGGAAAGAAAGCAAAGACAACGAAGAAAAAAACGGCGAGACUUUCUUCAACUCGAUUAACCUACCUAAGAUACCUAAUUAGUGCUAAUAAUCAUUUUACGGGUUCGUCGAUAUUUCUCCGUAAAUUCCAUCGCAUGCAAACUCUAAGGUCCGACUCUUCGUAGACCGCCGACUAACCCGAAGUAACUUGAGAACUUUUAUAAUGGCGGAUUAAACUAAAAGACGCACGUCCGGGAAACUCCCCAUCCGAUCUCGUAACAGUUUUUCUUUUCUUUGUCAAAUGUUUAUGCACAAUUAAUGCACAGCUAAAUUUUGAACAAUUUCACGGGUGCAGAAUAUCACAAGCAUGAUUAGUAUACUUGAAACCGUGUCACUAAUUUUGAUUACGUCACCUCAGAUAAAAUUUCUUUUCUCACAAUCACGUUUCGCAAUUUAUU